AUGAACCUCAGAUUUAUAAUAAUCUUCACACUUACCUCAGUUUGUAGUGUCUUUGCAUCACCAACAACAUCUUACAAUGACACAAUUGGUUUAGUUCAAGAUCCAGAAAAUUUCAAUACAAAUCAAGUUGAAAAUAUGUUAAUGGCUUUACAAGAUUUUAAUGCACAUCAACACGGUCCAAAUUUUUUCACAGGUGCGAGAUCAAGACCAAGAUCAGAACAAAUUAAUAAUUUAGAAGUAAGAUCAAAUUUCCCAAUAUUAGAUAAGAUUUUAGCAAUGAUUGACAAUUCCGGUAUUGCAAUCACAGUAAUUGAUUUUGUAUUAUUAAAACCUGAAUUAUUAGAUCUUACAAUUAAUACUACGAUAUGGAUUAUAAAAUUAAGAUUAAUCAAUUUAACAAAUUUAUUAAUUGCUAUUAAAAAAUCUGGAUUGGCAAUAGAUACUUUAACGUUGAGUUUAAACGAUCCAGAUGUUUUACCAGGAUUAAUCAAAAUUACCAGAGAAGUUAUACAACAAGGUGGAUUAAAGAUUGAAAAUUUGAAUUUAUUUAAUAAAAGGGAAGAAAUAGAAGGUCAAGUUGAUUUACUGCAGAAAAGAAAAUUUAAAAAGUCAGAUCAACCCACCUCAAAAUUAGAACUUACACAAUUUUCAAAAAGAGACAGUUAUUUAUUAGAUCAAUUAUUUAUAUCAUUAAGAGAAUCAGGUUUAGCUAUCGCAGUAGUAAAACAUAUCUUAACAUCACCAGAAUUAGCUUCAGCAAAUGCUCAUUUUGUUGUUUCAAUUUUACAAUCUCAUGCAUUAAAUAUUGUUGAUUUAAUUAAUGCCCUAAAAGAAUCUGGUUUACUUUCCACUGUUUUUAAAGAUUUAUUAGGUAAUCCUCAAACGAUUAAAGAUUUUGCAGGCAUAAUUGUAGACAAAGUCAAAAAUGGUUUAAUACCUCAAAAAUUCCUAGAUCCAUGA